AUGGCGGAGGUGUCUAGGUGUUUGAAUAGAAUCCUGCUGGAAACAAUGCAGCGUUCUGUGACCCGUGGCGUGCUGCUCAUGUUCAAUCCCGGCUGCCGCCUCUGGGCCCUCGGAGGGAAACGAUAUCUGCUUACAGAAGAUGUCAUGAAAUUGCAAGAAUUUCAGCAAACGAAGGUGAUUGUUUCCUGUCGAUUUCAUGGCAAAAAAGAAAUCUAUUUUAAAGACAUGGAAGAGAAAAUGAAGAAAAAGGGUCUCAUCUUAAAGGAGGAACUGAAGACCCUGCUCCAUUUGUGUGAGACGCAAGAGGACAUAGAGCUGGCCAGAAAUGUCAUUUACAGGUACCAUGCUGAGAACAGAAACGUUUGCUUUAGGGAGUUUAAGUUUGGACCCCUUUUUAUAAGGCUGUGCUAUGAACUGGACCUAGAACAGUCUGCAGUGGAGCUCAUCAAAGACCAGCAUUUGAGGGGUUUCUUUUCAGACUGUACAUCAUUCAAUAUUCUGAUGAAUAUGUUAUUUAUCAAGGAAAAUUAUGAAGGUGCAUUGGAGGUUUUAAUAGAAAUGAAAAACCAAGAGGUAAACUUCAAUAAAGACACCUACAUCCUUGCUUUUGCAAUUUGCUACAAAUUGAACAGUGCCAAGUCUUUCAACAUCUGCAUGAAUUUACUGGAUGAAGCACUGAUGAAAGGAGAAGUUUUGAUAAGGCGGGCAUACAGUUUCGCCAUAGCAUUAGCCCUCAAACAGAACCAGGUGGCCAAGGCACGGGCCAUUUAUUCUCAGAUCCUGAGCCCAGACAGCAGAGCCUGCAGUAAUUUAAACGUCCUUGUCCAUGCCCACUCAGGCUUGUUGGAAGAAGCCCUGCAGAUACUAGAGGCAUCUACUGAAAAAAACCACUUCAGCUUGGUGAAGAAGCCAGAGUUCUCAGAGGAAGUGCUGUCUACCGUGAAGGAGAAAGUACAUGGACAGCCAGCACUCCAGGCCAGAUUCAAAGAGAUCUACAAUAGACUGCAGGUAGCUGGCCAGAUCAUCCCCCAGACUGUGGAUGCCAUACUCUGCAUCAUCCCUCAGAGGAAGAAACCCCACAUUCUCUCAUUUAACAAGAGGCAAAUAAGCCGCCGGACUUUACAGCCACUCAAUUCAUUUCUGAUGGUUGAGUAGCUCUGGAUUUGAUCACCAGUGACUCUGAACUGAAUGUACCCUUCUGAGCAUCUUAGAAAUUGAGCUGAAGGAAAUCAGGCUAAAUAUGUUUUUCCCGCCUACAGAUUUUUGAAACUCAUCAACAACUGACAUUCCAAACUUAGAGGUUGGUACUUUGAACUUAGUUGGACAAUAUUGGCCCAGACAACAGGAAAUCUUUAUUUUUUUGGACAUCAUAAAUUGUCUGCAUAGAGAGAAGCGCACCUCAGAGAAAGUUGUAGUGGCUUCUUAGUGGUUUCCUGGGCCUGAGUUUACACUGACAGAGAGAAAUAGCAGAGAAGGAUUUCAGGUAUGGAUAUAAACUUAUCCAGUUUGAAUAACCCUCCUUCCAAAGCAGUGAUUCCUAAAGUGGGUGCCACCGCCCCCUGGUGGGUGCUGUAGCCUCUGGGGGGGG